UGUUCAUAAAACCUAUUUCAUGCUAAUGUCAUGUCAUUCUAACAAUGCCAAAUUAAAAACUAGGUAACGUAGCUGCAAAAAAACAAUUAAUAGAAAAAUAUUAGACUUUAAAUAAAGUAAAGAAUAAACAUAUUAUGAGCCCAAUGGCAGACACAGAUGAAGAUAUAUAUAAGACUGAAAGUCUUCCAAAAGAUGUUAAGAGAAAAAGAAAUAUUGAAGAUCUUCAAAAUAUUAAUACAAAUGAAUAUAUAGAAAGUUCACAAUUCUUCCAAGAAACAAUUAUUCACUAUGACACUGAAAACUAUAUUUCACGUCCAAAACGUGCAAAAGAUGGGACCGUCCCCAUCGAUAUUUUAGAACUACAUCAUUCUUUUUCUUACGAUUGUCGACGAUAUUUUAAUAUUUGCGUGGCAGACCCUGAAACCAUUAUAUUUGUGUCAGGAAACUUGAUACAUUUUUUUAACGUAGUUGAACAUAAGAUUUGGUUCAGAAGAUGUUCCACAGGAGGUGGAAUUGGACAUAUAACAAAAAAUCCGAAACUCAAUCAUUUUGCUGUUGGUGAAAAUGGAAAUAAUCCACCUAUUAUUAUUUAUGAAUGGCCUAGCUUAGAUAUAGUAACUGUACUUUGGCAUGGUACUACUAGGUCAUUUUCACAUCUAGCAUACAGUCCCGAUGGACAGCUAUUGGUCUCACAAGGAGGCGAUCCAGACUGUUCAAUUACAAUAUGGAACUGGCAGCAAUCUAAAAUUAUAGUACGGUGCAAAUCCCCUGAACAAGACAUCCUAAAUGUUAUGUUCUCUCCGUCUGUAUAUGGAAAUUUAUCAUCAAGUGGUUUAGGACAUAUUAAGUUUUGGAAAAUGGCAUCAACAUUCACAGGACUCAAACUCAAUGGUGAACUUGGGAGAUUUGAAAAAACAGAAAUCUGUGAUAUACUCGGAGUAUAUCCGAUGCCAGACGAAAAGGUAGUAUCCAGCUGUGAAUGGGGCAAUAUUUUAAUAUGGGAUGAAGGCUUAAUCAAAUUUGAAGUGUGCCGAAAUAAUAAGGAACCAUGUCAUUCAAAUUUUACAACACAAUUUGAAUUCUAUAAUGGAGAAUUGAUUUCAAUAGGAAUGGAUGGAUGGAUUCGUAUUUGGUUUUAUGACUCCAUUGACCAAGCUGAUCCUUCAGAUGAUGAUGGCUUCUUUGAAAUUGAGCCAAUUUAUGAAUUCUGUAUUAGUGAAAGAGAUAUAGAUGACUUGGAGAAGAAUGCGAUGCUUAUGUGCAUUCAGAAAAAAGAACCUGCUAAUCUCAAAUCUACACUUUGGUAUGCACAGGAUGCUAAUGGUGGACUGUGGAUCAUAGAUCUUUGUACUUGUCAAACACUUAAUCCUUCCCGAAAGCUUCUUAUAUGCCAUGCAGGGCCCAUAACUGAUAUAGCUGUAGCAGACUGGGGGCCAUUCGUGGCAACCUGUGGAAAAGACAAUUAUUUACAUGUUUACAAUUAUUGCGAAAAGAAACUGAUUUUAGUUCACAAAUUUAGUGAUAUUGGAAGUAAAAUAUUGUGGUUACCUUGUGCAAUUGAAAGUACAGGUUCAACAAUUGUUUGUGCUUUUGAAACUGGUAUUAUUAGAAUGGUGACUACAGCGAUACUUAAUGCGAAUGCUUCUAAUGAUGUAAAAGGACAAUAUGUCAAACUACUUCAAGUAAUUAAGCCUCAUACAAAAAAAAUUACCACCAUAUCUCUAAAUCCAUCAAAUAUUUUGCUAUUAACUGGAAGCGAAGAUUCGACCAUUUUUGUGUUUUUCGUUGAGAAGACAAAAACUUAUCCUUCCUUAUUUCCAAUUGGUUUUGUUAAGACUCCCUCUGGUAUUACCUGCUUGAUGUGGAAACCGGAAUUUUCAACAACAGUUCUUCUUGGGUGUUCCGAAGGUGAAUGUAUAGAAAUAACGAUACCAAAUAAAAUUAAAUCUGGUACUUUCGUUACAUAUGAACUUACGGACUGCAAACAUAUAAUGUUUAAGUUUCAAUCGGUAAAAUCAGAAAUACAAAGCGAGCUGAUCCUAAAAGAAAAUGAAAAAUGCAGAGAGUUGAGAUUAGCUGAGAAACAAAGUCAAAUGGAAGCACUGAAAUUAAAUAAUUCUUUAAAAGAAAUUGACCAAGACUCCUUUAUAAUGGAUUCCCAAGAACAUGAACCAUUGCCAGAAAUUUACAAACGCAAAGAGGCUAAUCCAGUAUUGGCAUUAUAUUACACGCUUACUGGAACUAUUUGCCUCACAAUAGGAGGAUUUGAUGCAGGAUAUUUAUACGAAUAUCCAAAGAUGGAAUCUAUCAAGACAAUCGACAGCAAACCAAUUAGAAGCACGAUGAUUUAUGAAGCAGAUAAUAUGGAAAUUCGAAGUUUUUUAUUUUAUAAUAAACAUAAAUAUGUUUUUCUUGGAAUGGAACACGGCGAGAUUCGCGUUUGUCGAAUAAAUCCCGAUGAUCAUAUGGAUUUGUCAGAUUACUGGGAACUUCCAAUGCACGAUAAUUUUAAUGGUUACAUUCCAAAAAUGUUGUUAAGUCAUGAUCACAAAAUGCUACUUACCUGUGGACACGAUGGAAACCUUUUUUCAUUUUAUAUUAAUGACGGAUCUUCGUAUCUGGCGCAUGUAGUACCAAUUCCUGAAUGUCAGCUAACUCUGCCUACUUCAGAUGUUGAAGACAUAGAAGAAUAUAAUCACCCAAGUUUAGAAGAAGUAUUAGUUCAAAAGAUAUACACCGAGAUGUCUCUAAAGGCACAAGAAAAUAAAAGAAAUACUUUAUACUUAUUGCAAGUCUGCACUCAAGAUUUCAGCAAAAUAAUAGAAGAAAAUAGCAGCCUACUAAAAUCCCAACAGAUCUCCAAAGUAGAUUUGGAACUAGAUCCGAGAAUUAAAGACGACUUAAACAACCAGCUAAAGGCAGAAUUGGAUUUUGUACAUAGGCAAAUAGUAUUUAAAGUAGAGAAAAGUAAAUUAAGACUAAAAAAGUUAAAUAAUCAUUUGAUCGAACCUAUCACUUUCCUUCCUUUCCGUGUUUAUAGAACACAUCAACCAAACACAAAAGUUCGUUCUUUUCGAGAGCAAAAAUUAGGAAAUGAAUUUGUAUCUGGUAAUGCUGAAGUUACAUGUCGUCUUGCUGAAAAGAAUAAAUUAGAAAGAUCAAUAGAUUCAAAAGGAUUUGAAAGUCUAAUAGAAGAUGAUAACAAGGAAGUAUUGCAUGGAAUAGAAAGUUUUCUGAAGGGAUUGAGUCGAUUGAGUCCUUAUGCAGAACAGUAUAAGCUGGGUGUGGAAGCUAAUCAGAUGCUCCGAAGGUACAGAGCACGAAGAGCUAAAUUGGAGGUGCAACAGAAAGAACGGAAUGGAAUAUUCACCAGAAAAUUUGAUCAAAAUGAUAAUCGCCCAGAUGACCAUAAUGAAAUUAAGCCAACAAAAGUUACGACAGGUAAUUGGAAGUUAAAACGUUCUACUGAAUUUAAUAAAAUAAAAUAUAAUUUGAACACGGUUCUGAGCAAAUACAAGCAAUUACUAGCCUGCGACAAAAAGGCACAUUAUCUUCGAGAGGAUUUUAAUACUAAGUUAAAAGAGGUUAGAACGAAGAAGCUUUCACUAGGAAGAGGGAUACAGAUAUUCGCAGAUAAAUUGAGCAAAAUUCAACCAGAGAUACCAGAGAAGAAAAUAAAGCCUCCAUUUUCAAUAUUGACCUUUAACUACGAUGUAGAAUAUCCUGAAAAUUAUUUAGAAGUUGAAAAAUAUAAAUCAAUAUCGAAGAAGGUGGAAGAAGGGAAAAGGAAUAGGAAAUCAGUUUAUGACAUUCUUAUUACGAACGAUUCUGAUCAACAAUAUGAGAAUUUUUCGAUGCUUUUAAGAAACAAUAAAAUGAUUCAAUCACAAAGCGACGUUCGGGAUUUACUUAUAUCGCCGAUAUUUCCUAAAAAACAUUACAUUGUUCAAACUACUGUACCCUCAGAUAUUCUUCAAGCCCUUUAUGUUAGCGACGACAACGAAACUGCAUGGGAGCGAGAAAUUAAACGAGUACGCAUAUUGAACAUCAAUUUCGAACAAAAUUAUAUUUGUAAUCAAAUUGAACAGGAUUAUCAAUAUUUGGACAGUGAGUUAGACAUCCUUGAAAAGGAGAGACUUGAAAUCAUCGUAGAAACUUUAUACUUAGAUUUAUUGCUAUUAACAUUAAAUCAAGAAUUAAUCAUAUCACGAAAGUUUGAAGUGAUGGAAGAUUCUUUAUCAGACAGGGUAAAUAAAAAGAUAAAGGAACAUGCGACUGCGAGGAAAAAGAUACAUUCAAUAAAUAACAAAAUUCAGAACGCAAAUGGAAAAAUUCUGAAAUUACAGAAGGAAAUCAAGGCUCUUUUGCUUCAGUAUACGAAUUUGGUUAAUGAUAACAACUUUUAUUCGUUUCUAUUAAGAAUUUUCAAUAAAAAGUAUAAGCAGUCACAAGAAGCUAAUGAAUUUCCAUCAUCGUCAUCAUCGUUGACCUCUGAAAGUAUUUCAGAUGAAGACGAUGCAGUCACCAUUGAUAGCCGCGAAUUAGGUUUGCUCCGCAUUGAGGAAAACGUGGUACCGAUUGGAUGUGACAAAGAAUUGUAUAAUAUGGCAUUUGCUUUACGAGAAAAAAAACAGAAGUACGAAUCCCUAAUUAAACAGGAACAAACAAAUAUAGAAGGACUGCGCAAGGAUCGCGAGAUGGAAAACAAAAAACUGAAAGUAGUUCAACAUGAUCUGAAAAGCAAUCAGAGAGAUUUAAACGCAUUUAUGCAAAAAAAGCAAGAGAAACUGAACGGUACUGAUAUAGCAGUCGUCUUGAAAUUUGAUCAACUACAGUAUAUUUUAUCAAAUUCUAAAAAUGUGGAAAAUAUCCGAGAAUGCAACUUAUUUAAUAAAGAAAAACUAUCACAAUUAUAUGCCAGAGUAGGUGAACUACAACAAGAAACAUCUUCUCAGUUAUCAAGUCAUAAAAAAAGUCGUACGCAUCUUUAUAGAUUUAAAGUGGAUUACAAGAACAUGAAAACCGAAAUGACACAACUAAAAGCAAGCAUUAAGUAUGAGAUGAACAACAAAUUCGGCCAAGAAAUAUCAGUGAAUGCUUUAUAUGAAUCAGUACUACAAAACCUAGUUUAUGAUAUUAAAACUAACAUACAUUCAAUCGCAAAAUCGUAUGAUGGUCAAAUUAAGUGUAAGUAUUAUAACGUAAUACCCAGUGGCAGCGUAAAUUAUAGGAAGUUUUUACGAAACUACUAUCGCGCCGUUACGAUAAUAUCUACAUACGUUUAGAUCUUUAAGAUGCACUGUGAACAUUUUUUAUGAAACUUUACACUAAAUGUAUUGGA